UAAUGAAUCAAAAUCUUAAUUAAGGAGAGGGCGAAGAAACUUAUCAAGAAUUAUUCGACAGUGCAUAAAAUUAAAAUUUUGAAUAAAUCCCUCUUGCUUAAACCAAUAACAUAGAGUUUGAAGAACCAAAUCAAUUGGAAGGUGUAGAAAAUAAAAAUGCUUUAACCAAUUGUCAUGGGUCGUUGAUUCCUCAUUAAUCAUAAAAUAGUGGUCAAAUUGGAAAUUUCUAAUAGUAAAUGGAUUUGCUUGUUAUUGAUUCAAAUGAAAAUAACAAUGCUAUCCUCUAUUUAGAUUUUUAAAAUGAGUCUGCAUUUUUUAAAGAUCAAUAAGAAGAUAACUUAUCUGAUGGUCAUUUCUUUUAAUAAGAUAGUCAAAAAGAUAAUCUAUUGAUGAACUAGAAUUUUGAAAAAUAAAUAAAUGAAGAUUGGAAUUAAUUUUCAUUCAACCUUAAUUUGAAUUUAACAAUUUAAAUGGCUAACUUAGAAAUUAAUUACUAAAACGAAGUCAUUAUAAAAUAGUCUCAAGUAAAAUUUAGAUAUAUUGAAAUUCUGUUCCCAAAUAUUGAGUUAUUAAAAGUGUCUUACCAAAAUGAACUCAAUGAAGAAAAUGAAAUAAACAGAUUGAUUGAAAAUCCUCAAGAGAUUACACCUCAAGAUUGGUAAUUCCUAACUGAUGAAGAAUAAAUUUCAAAGUAUUAAAUAGAAGUAGUAGAGUUUUAGAAAAAUGCCAAAAAAUAUAUAUCUAAAAAAUCCUAAGAAAAAGAUACGAAAAAACAAAAAUUGAAGUGGAUUUUUAACUAUAAUUCUUGGUUAGAAAAUUAGCAUAAAAAAAUAAUUGGCGAUCCCUCUAAAAAUGAAUUUCAUUCUAAUUAUCAAAAACUCAUUGAAAUACUCAUUAAAAUUGAUAAAAGUGUUAUAAAUUAAGAUAGGUUAAAUUAAUUUAAGGAAGAACCCUGUUUUGCAUUAGCAGGUUUAUUAACAAUUUUAUAUAUUAUACCAUGCGAUGAUAUCGAUCAAUUGUUUAGAUUUUUAGAAAUUGUAAAAGAUAUUAUUAUUUAAACUUAAUAGAAUGAUAGGAGGAUGAGAUAUGAAAACUUUUGUCAAGAAAAAGAGUAUGUCAAAAUUAUUGAAACAUUAUAAAAAGAUUUUAUUUAAAAAUAAGAUAAAUAGCACUUUAAUAUAGAUAUUAAUAAGCAUCUUAAUUAAAUGACAGAUAAAACUCUAUUUUAUAUACUUAGCUAUUUAUUAUUCUAUGAUUGGUGUUGUAGAAUUGAUUUAAAAAAUAAGAAAUACAAUUACAUUCAAAAAUAAUUAUAAGAGCUCAAAUAAUUAAUGAAUGAUUACCAAUAUGAUUAAGGGGAGAAUUAUUUCAAUCAAAAAUUAAAUAAUUAUUAGAAAUACGGUUUUUUACAAUUAAUUCAAAUUAUUAUCAAUUUUUCUUUUAUGAUUAACCAAUAAGAUAGAAAUAAACAUUCAAAAUUAUUUCAUUCAAUUUUACUAAAUUUAAGCUUUGUCAAGAUUGACAAGUUAACUAUAAAAUAAACAUUUAAUUUUAAAGAGAUUAGUGCCAUAAUAUUAUCGUUGUUUGAUGAAACUUUUUAAAUGGAUGACUAAAUAAUUCUUGAAAAUUUAAGAAAAGAUCAUUUCUUGUCAAGCUUUCUUAAGUAUUGUAUAUUAAAGGUAAACCAUCCUGUAAGUGAAAAGGAUUUAAACAAGUACAUUAUUUUAAAAUCAAUGGAAAACACUGCAUAGGUUGAAAUAUAGUUAAAAUUAUAAAAAAACUAUUUAAAUUUUUAAGUAAUUCAGAUAAUUGAAUACAUAGCUAUUAUAGAAUAUUAAGAUGAAGAAAAUUAUUUUAAAAAAUAGUUUUGUAAUUAUAUCAGUUAUUUGUACUAAUAAUAUUACAAUGAUUCUUAAGAACUCUAAAAUGAAUUAAAUUCAUAUUAAGAUGUUUUCUAUUAAAACGCAGAUAUGAACUUAUAAACUUUAUUGAAUGAAUUCACACAAUAUAAGCAUGGUUAGAUGAUUGAUGAUAUAUAUAAGGAGAUUAUAUAAUUUAAAAAGGAAAACAAGAAAGUAAAGUAUAAGUAUAUUUAGGUUAAAUAAAUUAAAAAUGAUUUAGAAGAAGAAUAGAUCCCGAACAAAAAGAUAAAGAAAGAGAAAUGA